AUGCGGGCUAGCCUGCUGAAGUGGUCGAAGUUCCCCGAAGGACAAAUCGAGCUCCUCUUCGCCAAGAAGGCACGAGUGGUCGCAUACAAGAUGAAAGCUGGAGAAGAACGCAAGGCUGAACAUGUUGUCGUCGAUAAGGAAGCACAUUUCAUCUGGGUUGAGGAUUAUUGCGUACCUGCUCUUCGCACGCUUCACUCAUACCCUGACAUGUAUCCCAGAUUCACAGCUGACGAGGGCGCUCUGAGAUUCCUGCUGAAAGGCGCCAAUCUGAUGUGUCCAGGCCUCAUCAACGAGCAAGCCAGCAUGGACGACGUCGAAGAGGGAGCAGUUGUUUCAGUCUAUGUGCACGGUCACGAGCACUGCUUG